UCCCCUCCCUGAGCAGCGCAGGAUCAGAAGUGCGAGGGCCAUGGCGGCCGCAACCGCCCAUCGCGCCAUGGGCGCCCCGGCGUUCCUCCGGACGCAGGCCGCGGCGUCCGCGCGCUCCCUUCGGGACGGCAGGCCGCCGGGCGCCACGGGCUUCCGACGGCGGCCGCGCGGGGCGCAGGCCGCGCGGCUCUGCUCGUUGCUGCGGCGCGUGGUCUGUGGCACCCUGUCGCUCGCGCUGCAGCGCUCGCUGGCCGACGCGGCUCUGCUGGCGGAUCUCUCCCCCCAGGACCUGGCCGCGGCCGCCGCCGGCGUCGCGCGGGCUCCGCGCGUCCUGCCGGAGGCGGCCGCGGCGGUGGUCUGGGCCGCCGCGGCGAGGCCCCAGGCGGAGGAGCUGCCGGCACAGGUCCUGCUCCAGCUGGCCACGGCGCUGGCCGAGCUUCGCGAGCGCAUACCCCAGGAAGAGGAGGACAAACUCGAUGCGGCACUGUUGCUGGGGCUCUGGCCCAAGCUCGCAGCGGCAGCCCAGAAGGACUUCGAGGGCGGCACUGCGAGCGUCGGUCCGGCGCUGAUGUGGGGCUCGAUGCAUUGGAGAGACUGCGGGCACUAAGGGAUGUCAGGAUGUCGUGCCCGUUGGUUUGUUUGCAGUACGUCGCACGCUCCAGACCAGUUCAAGCUGUGCAGUAAGUUGCACAUGAUCUUGUAGAUCCGCUAGCCGCAGGGCUCGGCCACGCCCGCACUCACUUGCCUGUGCUUUUCCUGUGGAUGAGAGUUGUUGCAGCACGCGCAUGAUCUGAUGGUCAGGCUGCUGCAGGCCACCGCAGCGCUGCUCACACUUUCGAUGUGUACAGGUUGCGAUGGGGCCUAACAGGAGCUAUCCACACACGUAACGCGAUGAGGGGAGCAAACAAUCCUCUCUCGUCAGCCGCUGUUCCAAGCCUUUGUGCAUGAGCCCCCCCCCCAGCCCGACCCCGCUGGCAGUUCUGUUGUUGUUUUUGGUGUCGCGUGACACUGCAUUGAAAGUCUCGAUCCAGAAGCAAGCACGUGGCUCCUGGCACCUUUUAUUGAUCGCCGAUGAGGUGCAAAUCUCUGAUCUUAUCCCAGGGACCCCCUCGUGGGCAUGAUGCACGCUUCACAUGUCGACCUACCGGCGCUGCAGAUAGUCUGUUCCCGAGUGCUUCUGGACAGCGAUGGACCGGUGCUCGCGUUCUCGCGCGUUUGGUAGUCAGAUGUCCUUUUAUUGCGCCAGCGAGCGCGAGAUCACGCGUUUGAGAUACGAUUGUCAACGGUCCUCUUUGAUCUUCGAGAUGCCCCGUUCCGGUGCGUGCCAGCGCCCACCAACCAAAUUACGUGGCGGCCUCGCCGGGAAUGUGGACACACGUCUCAUCUUUUAGGUUACCCCGUCAUUUGCGAGUUGGCCGAGCGAUUAUGUGGGUGAGGAUUUCUGCGAGACCAUUCUGAUGCAUG